AUGGGUCAACCUUCUGGUUUGAACGCUGCUCGUAAGUUACGUAACCAUCGUCGUGAACAACGAUGGGCUGAUAAACAAUAUAAAAAACGUGCCUUGGGUACUGCUUUCCGUUCCAAUCCUUUUGGUGGUGCUUCUCAUGCUAAGGGUAUUGUUCUUGAAAAGAUUGGUGUUGAAGCCAAACAACCUAACUCUGCUAUUCGUAAGUGUGUUCGUGUCCAAUUGAUCAAGAAUGGUAAGAAGGUUACUGCUUUCGUACCCAAUGAUGGUUGUUUGAACUAUGUUGACGAAAACGAUGAAGUCUUGAUUGCUGGUUUUGGUCGUAAAGGUCGUGCUAUUGGUGAUAUUCCUGGUGUUCGUUUCAAGGUGGUCAAGGUUGCUGGUGUUGCCCUUAUUGCUUUGUACAAGGAAAAGAAGGAAAAGCCUAGAUCUUAGAUGAUUAUUUUUAUUCCCUCUUUCAUCCUCCUCUUCACUUGUUUUGUAUAUUCAUCUCUUUUUACUCAUUUAUUGUCAAUCACACAAUACAAAAAAACCAUGUCAAUAUAUUACCAAUCAA